AUUGGCCCAGCCCUCUCCCUCGGACCCUCGCCCAACGUUAGACUUUGCCUUCUCUAGGUUCCGCCUUCUCUCCGUCCACCCUACUAAGCCACGCCCCCAUCCCUUAACGCUCCUGAGCCAAGUUCGGUCCACCCUUUCGGCCCGUAGGCCACACCCACCCUUCAGUGCCCCGCCCCUUUGCUCCAGUCUCGGCCCGUUUCGCCCUGGAAGUCCCCUUUCCUGUUUGUACAGGACCCUGUCUCCCUCUAGACUUUAGGCCCCACCCACCCACCUGCUGCGGGAGUCCGCCCUCUUCUUAAGCCCCGCCCGCCGUUCUAGCCCCUCACACCUCUUCUCAAGGUUCCUCCCUAUCUACCGAAGCAUGGUCCUCGCAGGCUCCACCCCCGCACCCUAACCUGGCUCCCUGUGGCCGUCACGCCCAGGUGUUUACUUGGCACUCAGGUAAGUCGUGUGCUGUGGCGGUUUCGAUCUGAGCCUCCCGCCCCUUCUCUCGGCACGUUCAGCAAGCUCCGACGGCACGGAGGGAUCCCAGGCCAAAGGCGGUGGACUCCACCGUCCGGACCCCUCCUCUCCGCUGCGGCCCGCUCCCCCUGCGGUUCAGACCCCCGACGGUAGCACGGUCGUCCCCGAACGCGGCGACAUGCCCGAGCUCGUGGUGACCGCUCUACUGGCGCCGUCGCGUCUCACUCUGAAGCUGCUGCGCGCCUUCAUUUGGAUCCUGGUGUACUCCGCUGCGCUGGUGGCCGCAGCAGCCUACGGCUGCAUCGCGUUCACACACGUGCUGUGCCGGCCCAGGCGUGGCUGCUGCGGGCGCCCCCGGCGCACCCCACCAGCCUGUUUGAGCGACCCGGUACUGGGAGAGCACUGCUUCCUGACCCUCAAGAGUUCCGGCCUGCGCCUGCACUAUGUCUCCGCCGGUCGCGGCAAGGGGCCCCUCAUGUUGUUUCUGCACGGCUUCCCGGAGAACUGGUUUUCCUGGCGCUACCAGCUCCGGGAAUUCCAGAGCCGCUUCCAUGUGGUGGCUGUGGACCUGCGUGGAUACGGCUCCUCUGACGCACCCAGGGACGUGGACUGUUACACUAUCGACCUGCUGAUGGCAGACAUCCAGGAUGUCAUCCUGGGCCUGGGUUACUCUAAGUGCAUCAUCGUGGCCCACGACUGGGGUGCACUCCUCGCCUGGAAUUUCUCCAUCUACUACCCAUCCCUGGUGGAGCGGAUGGUGGUGGUCAGUGCUGCCCCCAUGUCGGUGUACCAAGACUACUCAAUACGUCACAUCGGACAGUUUUUCCGUUCCAACUACAUGUUCCUGUUCCAACUGCCCUGGCUGCCGGAGAAGUUGCUGUCCAUGUCUGACUUCCAGAUCCUCAAGACCACCCUCACUCACCACAAGAGGGGCAUCCCACACUUGAGCCCCAACGAGCUCGAGGCCUUCCUUUAUGACUUCUCACAGCCCAAUGGCCUUACUGGGCCCCUCAAUUACUAUAGAAACAUCUUCAGGGCAGGAACUGGCUCUGUGUUGGUACCCUGGAACCAACUAGGGACUCAGUGAUAUGUUUGUUGAAAGACUGAAUGAAGAAGAGCUGCCUCUCAGAGUGAGCUAUCAGGUAAAAGGAGCUUUCUGGGUAUGAGAAGGGAGCUUGCAGCAGUGGGCAUAGCGUGUGCAGAGAUGGGGAAGGAUGGGAGACAGGAAAGUGAGACUGAUGAGGUGAGAAGGGUAUCACUCUGGGCAGUGGGGAGCCAUGGAGGGUUUGAGCAUGAGAGGGCCCUAGGGAGGCAGUGGCUAGAUCUGCUGCCCAUAACCCCUGGGGUCCAGUCAUCCCACUCUUGCCCAGGACUCACACCCGGCAGCCCUCACCCCUGCUCGUUCUGGUUAGGCUCCCACGACCCACUGUCUGGGCAUGAAGGCCUGGCCCCAGCUUCCGUGCAGAGGGCAGGACUGUGGUCCUGGGAGGAGAAGCCAAGGGCACGUUCUCAGGUUCCUGGUCAGCGGGCCCAGGCCCAGCAGCUGUGUCUUGGCCUGGCCCCAGGACCCGCAUCCCUGGGGACUGAACUCAUUGAGGAGAAAUGCAGUCCCCAGCCAAGGCAACCAGCAGGAGCAGGAGGGAGGGCUGAAGCCCUCCUUACCCCCACCAUGUUGGGAAUUGUGUGGCUACCCGCUGCAAGGCCGUGGGAAUGGUCACUCUGACUGUCCUGUCCCCCCAGGGAUCAGGACACCUUGGGCUGGUCCUGCCACAGUGGCUAGAGGACAGCAGCAGAGCCCUGGAGUCAGAACCCCUCCUUCUGCUUGCUGACUGGGUCCCCUCUGAAUUGUGGGGGCUUCAAAAGGGACUGGCACAUAGUAGGGGCUCUGUAAACAUGUCUUUCUUCCUUUUGUCCCCACUCCCUACAUGCCAUCCUCAGCCUGUUUUCACCAUUACUGCUCCCUCUCUGUCUCUCUGCCACAGACCAGGGGCUGCUGUAUCAUACACAGUCACAGACUCUGGACUUCCUGCCUUGCAAAUGGUGUGCCCAGUUCCUUGGUUGCUCCUUGAGACGGGAAGCUCAGCAUCUCCUACAGCAUCCAUUCCAGCAGAAAACCCUUUCUCAGAUGGCUCAGGGGAGGAAUUAGCCCCCCCCUCCUGGAGCCCCUACCUUUGCCCCUGAGCUCCUAGAUUCUUUUAUGGACCCCCAGGCCCCCAGAAUGGUACUGAAGAGAGUGGCUGAGCUCCCUGUGGCAACUUUUCUGGGAUGGGCAUCUCAACUCCUUCAGCCGCUUCCUGAGUCACCAAACCCUCCAAUGUCACCCCUUAUGUGCCCACCCCAUUCUGGGUGAUGCUUGGCCCCCAGGGAGCUCCCAGUCUAGGGAAGAAACAGCAGGACACAGAUACCUGCAGCCCCUUGUGGGCAAGGCUGAGCCAGAGGGCAGGAGGGCGCUAGUAAAGCCUGGGGCAGCAGAGGAGCUAGGUCUGGGGGUGCAGAGAGGGCUUCCUGGAGCUGGAACCUUGAAGAAUGAACAGGAGUUCAUGAGGAACAGGAAUGGGGGGAGGGAAGUCAUGCUAGAAAGAGGGACUGGUAUGGGCAAAAGGGUAGCAUGUACAGGAAAUAGCAUAGUAUGUCCUAUAACUAUAAGAAAACACAUUUCCAAAGAGAACAUAUUUGCUAUGAGUUCAUGCUUCGGGAGGAAGCAAAAGGGUGCUUCUGUCCAGCUGGGUGCCUCUGUUCCAGGCAGAGGGCAAAGGCCAGGAACGUGCAAGGCCUGCCGGGUGAAGAUGGAGUUUGGUUCAGUCUGAUGAUGAGGGGGGCAGGAGGGUCUGGAGAUAGACAGAGGUGAUGGUUACACUAAAUGCCAUUGAACUGAACACGUUAAAGUGGUAAGUGAUUAACUUUAUCUCAAUUUAAAAAAAUUAUCAGAGGAAAUCAUUAACAAAUGACAAAACCAGUGACUGAAGGUUUGAUGGACACCGACCCAAGUCUACCAGGCCAGGGGGCUUGGCUUUCCUCCUGGGAUGAUGAGCAUGGGGAGGACUCAAGCUGCGCCAGCCCCAUGGGCCUGUUGACUCAGCACACUCCUUGUGAGUCAGACUGUGCCCCUUCUUAUGCAAUUUUUGUUUUUUUCUCUUCCCAAUCCCCACCCCCACCUCUCGAGCUCCAUGCAGCCUGGAGUCACUCAGACCUGGGUUCCAAUCUCAGCUCUUCCUCCAGCAAGUCACCAUAAAAUGUGCAGAUACCCUCCCCAUGGGGCUGUAUUCGUAUAAUGGGUGAAUAGCUCCCCUCCCAGAUAGGGGCUGCUCUCAUAAGAUGGGAGUGGCAGAGCAUCCUCAGUUCCUGUUCCCUGGAGCUGGACUAUCUGCCAGCCUCAACAGGGCUGGGGGUCAUCUCUGAUGCCGGGCACUGGUCAGUCAUUCAACUUUCACCCUUGGCUUUUUAUGCUUCUCCUUUCUGUCUAAUGGUACUUCUCUGCCUCCUUCACCUCUUCCUCUUCCAGCAUUUAAAAAUUAUCCAAGGGCCGGCCGAGUGGCUCAGUUGGUGAAGAGUUGGCUUAAGAGUACGAGCU